UGGUCUUGCCAGGAGACCUUGGAAGAACGAACUCAGAAGGUCGCGAGAACACAGAACGCACUUGUGAGAAUUGAGAUGUGUGCGAUCUUCCUUUGGUCACCUGACCUCCCCGAUGCAUCCUCAAUAUUAAGAACACAUGCGGGUAUUUUCAUGCGUCCUCUGUACUUGUGUUCUUGAGAAUUGGAACUGAACUUUGACAGUUAAUGAUGAUGUAGAGCGAGAACACAAGGACGCAAGAUUGCUGAAGAACGCAUAUUGAGAAACAGCCAUAGUUUUAUUCUCUGGUCAAUAUUGUGAUAAAGUAAUCUUUUUGUGCCACCAUUUCAGAUUUUAAAUAUUAAUUAAUUGGUCAAUAAGAAACUUUAGCUAUUUAAAAUGUUUCUAGAUGUUAAGCUAUACAGGAACUAACUAACUAACUACUAUGCAAUACUGUCAUUUUCAGUUCUCUUCUCUCACAACAGGUGACUGCAUAAUUUGUGAUUUUCUUUGAUCUUCCACUAUCUUCUCAACUGUACAUUAUAUUUCAAGCUUCAUGUUUGCUGUGGUGAACUUUCCUAAUGAAGAUGACAGUUUAGCUGUUGUCUCCAAAACCUGGUGCACCACAGAGGGAUGCUAUUGGCCUCGAUAUAAGAGCCAUGAGAGGUUAAAGAAAGCUGUGCUGUCACAUGAACAGCCUGACCCUGACACAUGGGAGGUCCACAAAUAUCAGUUGCUUAAGACAAAGAAUUCAUAUGACAAGGCCCAUGAAUGCCUCAUUCGGGCAGAAAAGGGCUCAGGUCUGGAAACAGAGCCUGAGUGUCAUAAAAGAAAAAGAAGACGAAAUCCCAAAUUUGAUCAGACCGAAUCUGAGGAGUCAGAUGCUGAUGACCCCCAUCUCCCACCACCACCAAAGGCUCCGAAAUUUGCCCCAAAUAGGGUUGUUUCUACAAAUAAAAAAUCAUUGCCAAGACCAUGUCCCCAUCCCUCUUUAUCACUUUCUGCUGGUGGAUCAGCAUGUAAAACCGCAUCUAACACUAAAAAUUGCAAGGAAGCAGAGCAAGGAUCUUUACCCUACUCUUCACCACGGGGGCUAGCAGCUUACCAGUGUCAAGCAGAAUCACCAAGACCACCUUCUAAUCGCCCUUUUGUAGAAAAUGUUCUGUCAGUUCCUCAAGAUCAAACCACAUCAUCCCGGGGCUCGGUGAAUCCUCAGUCUGAAGAUUUUCAGAGGCUGAUUCUUCAUCACCUAAGGAAGUUACAAGAAGAGGUCAAACUUUUGCAGAACCAGGCAGAAGUAACACAAAACUUGUUACUGCAGCUGACCAAGGGGGCUUUUGAGGAUAUGUCUUUGCCAGAGGACAUUGUGUUACCUCUGAACAACAGAAGAAUUUUAGAAGAAGUUGAAGAAAAACUUUCUAAUGACACGGAGCUUCAGGAGAAAUUGGUGAAAUUUUUGUCUGUGAAAGGGGGAAAGACAUUAAAAGAUUGCGUAAGAAGAAUGCUUGCCUGCCUUUUUUCGAAUGACCUGUCAAGGCAGUGCAAUUGGACUGGCCAAGGACAAAAGAUCCCUUUCAAGCAGCUAACUUUAAAAAACAUUGUUCACAGAGCAAUAAGAAAAAACCCUUCAACCAGAGAGGCAACUGAGGGGACCCUACAAGAGGUGGUGUCCAAAUUUUUUAAAGGUGCUGCCGAUAGAGAUGGAGGCAGGAAGCAACGACAAAACAACUAAUGUUUAUGUAUUGCAGUAAAUUUAAUUGUUCACAGCCAAAUGGCACACAUCCAUACAUUUAAUUACUAUUUAUUUAGUGACACAUGAUUUUAUACAAGUGACAAAUAUAAUUUUAUUACUUUAGUAUUUAUUGUGAAAAAUCUGUAAACGUGCAAUGGUUAUUAGAAGUGUUUUGACAUUUUUUAUGUUUAUGUAUUGCAGUAAAUGUAAUUGUUUACAGCUAAAUGGCACAUAUGCAUAUAUUUAAUUACUAUUUAUUUAGUUACACGUAGUUGUAUACAAGUGACAAAUAUAAAUUUUAUUUAUAGUUACUUUAGUAUUUAUUGUGACAAAUCUGUAAACGUGCAAUGGUUAUUAAAAGUUGACUUUGAUUUAUUAUUGCAUAGGAACACAUUAUUUUGAAUAUGUAUGAAGAUUUAUGAACUGUGGGGCAGCCAGUAAAAAUUCAUAAUCUUAAAAAUAGAAUGAGAAAUACUAAUGUAAACAAACCACGCCCCUUCUUAGUUUCCACCUCGAGGAGGUCCCAAAGCCAACCCAAUGACCAGACAACACAAGU